AAAAACAAAAAAACAAAAUUCAAUCCUCUACCAUUACCAUUUACCAAACUUUCCUUGUCUUCCACACUUUUGAAAUUUAAUCCCAAUCUAUUCUAUUCUUAGCCUAAUUUGUUCCUCCCAUUUGGUCGGUAAUUGUGUUGUUCCUUUAUGCCACCAAAAUUAUUGUAUUAGCACCUUGACCUAUCUCUUUCGCGAGAGAGGUCUAGGCCAACAAAUUAAAAUCGACAUCAAUUGUGACGUUCCCCUUUGUAAAGGGCGGUAUCAUCUGCCCUUUACACCCUCCCUUGGCCACUCUACCAUACAUAUAUGGCUUCCUUGCAAAACAAACCACGCCAUGAUCUUGUUUUCUUGUUCAUCUUCCUCCACAUUGCUAUUUCUUAUAGCGCCGCUUCUUCAUUAGACGAUGCAAAUGCCCUUUUAAGGCUUAAGGAAACCCUAAAAGAUGAAUCCGAUUCCCUUUCGAGUUGGGAUAUCGUAUCUCCGUGUUCCGGGACCAAGAAUAAUUGGGUUGGUGUUAUUUGCUCACGAGCUGGUAAUAUUUGGGGAUUAAGGCUUGAAAAUAUGGGAUUAUCCGGAUCCAUUGAUGUUGAUUCCCUUUCCAGAUUAUCCAAAUUACGGUCUGUAAGUUUCAUGAAUAAUAGUUUUAGUGGGCGAAUGCCUGAUUUUAGGAAGUUAACAAUGUUGAAGGCGUUAUUUUUGUCGAAAAACAAGUUUGAAGGUGCUAUUCCACAGGAUGCAUUUAAAGGGAUGAGACGUUUAAGGAAAAUUCAUCUAGAUUCUAACAAUUUUAGUGGUGAAAUUCCUAAUUCUUUGGUACCUUUGAGUAAACUUGUGGAGUUAACUCUUGAGGGUAACCAAUUUCAAGGCCUUAUUCCGGAUCUUACUUCAAGUCGUUCUCUUAAACUUUUUAAUGUUUCCAAUAAUCAAUUGCAUGGUCCAGUGCCUGUUGGCCUUUCCAAAUUUGAUCCAAAGGCUUUCUCAGGAAACAAAGAACUAUGUGGACCGCCUCUAGAUACAUGCACAUCACCGCCGUCGGACAAGAAGAUAGAUACACCGCAACAAACGCCGUCGUCACCGACAAUGUUAGGUCCAUCAAAUACUAAGAAAGGAUCAUCAAUUCCAAUUUUAGCGAUUGCAAUUGGGUUGGGCAUGGCAGUGGUUUUGGCAAUUUUACUCAUCGUAAUGGUACUUCGCAAUAACCGUUCUGACAGAAACCACGCCUACGACGACAACAAUAACACCAAUCAUAACAUUAGACCUUCGUCGUCAACGUCAAGUGUUCCAAGAAAAUCUGGGAUGACGGAACACAGCGAGGAAGAAGGUAUAACAAUGGUGGGCGGUGGUAGUGGUGGUGGUGGUGGUCGUAACAGCAAAAGCGACUCAGGAAAGUUGACAUUUGUAAGGGAUGAUAGGGAGAGAUUUGACUUGCCGGAUUUGUUAAAGGCAUCAGCUGAGGUAUUAGGAAGUGGGUGUUUUGGUUCUUCGUAUAAGGCAACUUUGAAUAAUGGAAGUACAGUUGUUGUGAAGAGGUUUAAGCAAAUGAAUAAUGUGGGUAGAGAAGAGUUUCAAGAACAUAUGAGAAGAUUAGGGAGAUUAUCUCACCCUAAUUUGCUUCCAUUAGUGGCUUAUUAUUACAGAAAGGAAGAGAAACUCUUUAUUAAUGACCCUGUUGAAAGGGGUAGUCUUGCUGUCCUCCUCCAUGGUACCCUAUGGAUUACGUCGAAGGACAUGGGACAAACUCGAGGAAAACCGACCUUAGAUUGGCCAACGAGAUUAAAAGUAAUAAAAGGAGUAGCAAGAGGGCUUUCUUACCUAUACAAAGAGCUAGCAUGCUUAGUUGCACCUCAUGGCCACCUAAAAUCAUCAAAUGUUCUACUCGACAACUCGUUCGAGCCUCUACUCGGUGAUUACGCGUUAAUUCCUCUAAUUAACCAAGAAAAUGUGCAAGACAUGAUGAUAGCUUACAAGUCACCCGAGUAUUUUAGCAAUGGUCGCAUCACGAAGAAAACCGACGUUUGGUCAUUAGGAAUCUUAAUCAUAGAAGUGUUGACGGGAAAAUUCCCGGCAUCGUACUUACAACAAGGGAGUGAAGUUGAUAUGACAAUUUGGGUAAGGUCAGUGAUCAAUGAUGGGUAUGAUAAAACCAUGGGCCAAACAAAAAAUAGUGAAGGAGAAAUGCAAAAGUUACUCAACAUUGGUAUGGCUUGUUGUGAGAGAAAUGUAGAUAAAAGGUUGGAUGUUAAAGAGGCUUGCGCAAAGAUUGAAGAAAUACGAGAACGAGAACGAGAACGAGAACGAGAACGUGACAACGACGAUGAAUUUUACUCGACGUGUGCUAGUACGGAGCCUGAUGUUCGUUCCUCUAGAGGAACGUCGGAUGACUUCAAUGUGAUUAUCAAUUAACAUGAAUGCAUAUUCCUCGUAAAUCAAUAGGGCUAGUCGUUAGUUGUUAACUUUUUUUUGCAAAAUACAAAUCUUUAUGUCCCACAUUUUAUGCC